AUGGAUGGAGCUGUUGUGUUCUGGUUAUGCAAGAAGCAGUCAGGAGUGGCUCUCAGCACGAUGGAGGCGGAGUUCGUGGCAGCGUCGCAGGGUGGUCGUGAGUUGCUGGAAUUAAGGGAGCUCUUCAACGAGCUGAAAAUGGCGAUGGUCGAGCCCAUGCCGAUGUGGAUGGACAACCAAGUGGCGAUCAAGCAACUCGAAGCAGAGAAGAGCACAUUAAGCGCGAAGCACGUGGACAUUCGAUUCAAGUUUAUCCGUCAUCACGCGCGUGAAGGGACUGUGGUGCCAAGAUUCAUAAAAUCGGAGUGCAUGAUCACGGACAUCCUCAUGAAGUCGUUGCCCGCCCCAAGAUUGGAGGAACUACGAGUAAUGUUCAACUUGAUGCCUUUCUAG